AUGCUCUGCGCUCCUGCCUGUGCAAUCGGUUUCUCGACGGCCGCAAUGCGGCACUCCGUCUCGCACUGCGGCGCACCUUUGUGGUGCAGCCUGCGUCGCUCUGACGCUACAAUCGUAGGGCCAGUUGGAGCCGAUUUUGAACCUGAAGGCCUCCUCGAUUUGAUUUUUCUUGCCCGGGACAGAACACCUGGGCGACACAACCCGAAAGAAGGUGCCCGAGGUGCCUGCAUGAAUGCACAUGCUGUCGGACCUCGCAACAUGAAUGGCGGCAAAGACACGCCCCAGGCGUCUCCUCUGCGCCACCGUUGCGAGAGGCGUCUCGAGACGCCACCCCGAGACACGGCCACCGGCACCACCGCCGCUUCGCCGCCGGCCUCGAGCAGCGGCGAAGCCUUUUUGUUGCCCGAGAACUUCGGUUCCCGUGCCCCCCCCCCCGUCGGGGAGAACCUGGAGGCCAUUGCCUUCUGCCGCCGGCCCCUCGCGCGGGCCUCGAGCGCUGACAGCGCUGGAAGCAGGAGAGGGAGAGAAGAUGGGCAUAGCCACAGCGGUGGGAGCCAGGAGCUGUUGCAAGGAGCGCCAUGGGGCGCCCCCGCCUCGCGGAGGGUGGGCCCCCCGAGGCGGCCGGCGGUGCUUGAAGGGUCGAGGCCGACGCCUCCCCGAGGUGUCGGUUGAUGCUGACCUGCCACGCCCGGAUCGCAGGGCGGAUUCGCUCCCACGGGGCUGGCCGCGCUGGCAGCGAUAUUGGGGGGACAAAAAGAUACGGAUACGUGUUGUCCCCUUCGUUUUCGGCCUUUCCUGGUCCUCCUGGGGAAUCCUCGUUGUCACCGCUGGAUUCGCCUCGAAAUUCUGGUCAGAACGCACCCCAAGAGAGGUCCGGGGACAACACGUAUCCGUAUCUUUCCGCCCCCAAGAUAUGCGAGCCACGCUCGCGCCGCUUGCGCGGCACUGCUUCGGGAGCAGAUGUUUUGCAUGUCACCUGUACAAAAACAUGCAUGCAUGCACACAUGCAUGCCUACACAGAAACA